AUGCUCUGCCAGCUCCUCGCAGUCUCCGCCGUCGUUGGCAACCUCAUACCCAGGGCCGGGGAGCUAAAAAGCGCACCCAGCGGCCGGAUGCUCGUAUCAGUCAAAAUGCAAAAAGAAACUUGCGGCUUCCCUCAAUGCGCGAUCGUGGGCGGGCAUUCGCUGCUGCUCGACGAGGCCGGCUCGGUCACCGAUCCAAUGAUCGCCAUCGAGCAGCAAGUCCCGCGUGGCAAAGGGAUCCUCCAGAUCUUCGCCUUCUUCCUGCUGGCGAUGGCCGGCGGGUUCCUCGUCGCGGAGCUGUCCACGACAAACAUGCUGACCUCGCCAGUGCCCCCCGUCAAGAAGGAGUCUGGGGGCACCGUGGUCGCCGCCGGGGAGCGCGGCUGGCACCGCAGCUCCGACUCCUCCCUGCUGCUUGGAGCCGGACUCCUCGGCGCGGGCCUCGUUGCACAGCAGCAGAUGCAGAACCAAAAACAGAUGCAGGAGAUGCACGACACCGCGAUGGUAAAUGCAGCCAAGGAGGAGCAGCUCGCCAAGGGCUGCUACGUUGCGCACCGCUGGACAAUGCCAUGCAGGACAAGCGCCGUCGGCCUAGGCAGCGUGCAGACGACUGCGCCCGCCUACUACAGCGCCUACCCCGCCCAGGCGGCGCCGGCUCAGGCUCCGCCACAAUACGCGAGCUCCGGCGCAAUGCACCCGGCCUGGGCAGGUCAGCCCAAGCUCAGAACGGCCCGCUCAAGCUGUUUUGUUGGCAUCACCUUUUCUCUUUGCAAAUGGCCCGCUCGCAAGCGCAAACCUCUCGCCAGACAGCUGUGCGCCUUCAUCGACGAGCUGGCGCCCCUCCUGAGCGACGCCGCGCUGCGCGUGGCGGCAAAAAGAAACUUGCGGCAUCCCUCAAUCUUCCAACACAUGAGAAGGUCGCUGGUCGCCUCUUCGGCCCGCCUCGCCCGCUACACGACCAAGGCGGACGCAACCCGCCUCGAGGCAGCGCGUAGCGCCUCUCUCGCGGACCGCAGCUCGCUGGCUGCUGAGCUGUCUGGGAGGUGGAUUGUCGCCACCGGUGCUCCUCAGCAGACCGAGUCGGCGGGAGACUCCUUUGGCUUCGCGCUGCGGGUCGACGAGGUAAACUUGGGCGUGCUGCGCGCCGCGCUCUUCCCGGCGCCGCCAAAGCAGCGAAGGGACGAAGGCCACCUGCGGACGGCCCUCAUCUUUGGGGCGAGCUGCCACCCGGGCCUGCCUCUCUCGCUGGCUGCCAAGCCGCUCGUGGAGGCGGCGCGCGCCGAGCUGGCGCAGCGCGGUGCCGAGCGCGUGAUGGGCCUGGCGCCUCUGACAGGGCUCUGCGGCUGGGUUGUCGAGGAGCAGGCGUGGGAGCGGUUAUCCAGUCUCGGCGAGUUCGGCGACGAGGCGGCCGGCGCCGUCGAGGCUGUGGCGCGGGGCGUGCCGCGUCCGGGUCAUUCCGUGCUCGGCCAGGGCACCUUCUCGGCGGCGCAGAAGGCGUUCGAGGCGCUCGCCACGGCCUACGCGCGGAGGGACGACCCGGAGUCGGAGUGCCUCGCCUACCUCGAGGCGGGGGCCGACCUCGCCGCUGUCCACUGGCUGCACGACACGUCCCAGGAGGCGGUGCGGGACCGGGCGGGCGUCUCGGCCUCGCUCGAGUUCGGCGCCUACUCGCCGGCCGCCGAGGCGACGGCGGACGAGCUCUACAUGCCCUCCAGCGGGAUAUACACGCCGCCGGGAGGAGAAGCCAGCUGAGAAGAGUGAGUGUGCAGUGGCCAGCGCCGGGCCCGCUGCGGUGUCGGUUCCUGUAUGACCUCCGCGCGCACACUGCCGCCCAGUGCGCAGUUUGGUGAGUGGACGAGACCGACGGCUGUGAGUGCGUAUAUACACGGCAAGUCGC